GGUAAUGCUGCUAAUGAUCCUGCUGCUACACAGGAUCUUCAUGAUGUGGGGUCUGUAAAAUGCUGAGUUUUAGGCUCAUUCUCAAACUCAUUUCAUACGAACUUAGUCAGCAGCUAAUAUCAUAUAACCCUUUAAAAAGAGUGAAUAAACAGCCCAUGUACCUACCAACACCACCAUUUUAAGUCAUGCCUUAGGGGGGAAGUUGCCAACUUACUUGCAAUUGGAGUGAAGAAACUGGAGGAAAGGAGUUGCUUUAGAUAAAUUAGCACAGAGUGCAAGCCAUGAAGCUAGCAUCUACCGAGAUUUCAAAGCGACUGGAAGAGAUGAUCCUACUGACAGCUCAGAACCUGCCUCAAGUGGAGGUAGCUAAGAGUUACACCAUCCUUCGAGAGCUGGGCAGUGGUUCCUUUGGACAUGUUUUGAUGGCAAUCCACCAGUGCAAAGGAACGCCCAUGGCACUGAAGUUUGUACGUAAGAAAGACACAGAACUGCAGGAUUUCCUCAACGAAUACUGCAUUGCAUUGACAUUGGGAGCCCAUCCUUGCAUUGCCAAUGCCCUUGGUAUUGCUUUCCAAACUCCCAAACACUACGUCUUUGCGCAAGAGCUGGCAUUGGCCAAUGACCUCUUCUCUCUCAUGGUACCAGAGGUUGGUGUGCCUGAGCUGCGGGUAAAACGCUGUGCCCUUCAGCUUGCUAGUGCCCUAGACUACAUGGAAAGCAAAGGGUUGGUUCAUCGUGAUGUCAAGCCCGAGAAUGUGCUGCUGUGUGACCCUGAGUGCCGUCACAUCAAGCUGACUGAUUUUGGACUAAGCUGCCCGCGAGGACAGGCCAUUGAGGCCUUACCAGAGAGCCUGCCCUACACAGCACCUGAGUGGUGUGCCCUGGGCCCUAAAGCUCGCAUUGAGGCCCAACCCAGCCUUGACACUUGGGGUCUUGGAGUAAUGCUGUUCUGCGUAUUAACUGGCUAUUUCCCCUGGCUCACAGCGGCAUCUUCUGAUCGGUACUAUAGCAGCUUCAUCUGCUGGCAACGCAGUCCGCGCUUUGCCCCGCGCCCACCGCACUGGGAGCGUUUCACCCCUCAAGCUCUAGAGAUGUUGCAGGGGCUGUUGAAGCCCAACCCAGCUCACCGCAGCCCAGCCAAGGAGGUGAUAAAUUAUGUCAAAUCACCUUGGCUGCUGCCGGAGGUCAAGAGCUGCAUUAGGCCAAGCACUAGUCGACGGUGCUAAUGAUUCAGGCCUUCUCCAUGGAGAACAUGGCCCCAAACCCAAACGUCAGAUUAGCAACUGAGGGACCAAAGACAUUUUUUAUCACCAAAGAGACCUCACUCUUCUUAGGGAUAUAAGGAAAAUAUAGCCAAACUGUCACUUUCAGGAAACAAAGAAAGCUGGAAGCAAAGACAAAAUGAUUCAGGGAUUGUCCCCCAUCACAUGUGACACUGUUUUAGGAAUAUUGCUCUCCAAACCCAUCUUAGCUCUGCAUUGGAAAUCCAAAUACUUGAUCUCAGCCUUUUCUUCAUCAGUGGUAAAUCACCAAAUUCUUGAAAUAAAGCCCAGUGGAAAGAAACCAAAUGUACAUUUAAUGGAUCCCAAAGCCUUACUAUCUCUACUCUGCAUUUUAGUUAAGAUCAAAUGAAGCCAACUUAAAAUAGUUUGUGAAUGAACAUUUUGGAAACUAGUAACCCUGCUGAACCCACUGAGCUGUUCUUGUUUACGUAGCUAAGCAGGGUCAGGCCUAGUUAGUCCUCCGAUUUGAGACCACCAGGGAAUACUAGGAAUUUCUAGGUAUACCAUUUUGAUGUGGAGCUUGCACAGUUAUCUGCAGAAGAUGACACAAAUGUAGAAUCUGAAAGUGACAUCAUUGUAAAUCUACCAUGCCUGCCACUUGUUUUAUAUUCUGCUGUCCUAUUGAUUCAUUUU